ACUGGAUACGAGAAUUAGCAGCUGUUGAACAUUCGAUUUAUGAGUUCGCGCGUUUUUUUUGUUGUUCAGUCUUCGUGUUGUUAUAAAAAUGUCCUCGUUUCUUGAUAUCCUGGGCGAUGGACAUGUGAACUUUGAAAAAUGUGGGGACGUUGUUGUUUCGCCCAAGGACAACAUGGUCGCCAUGUUCUGCCAUUUCUGCAAAGACAUUUUCACUCAUCUGCCGGAGUUCCUGAGACACCUUCAGUGGGCCCACAGCGACGUGUUGCAAUUCACAAAGGAGCAGAAUGUUUACAGAGUCGAGGAACUGAUGUCCUUGGAGAGCUCAGAAGAUGAUGUACAGUCGCAGGCAAACAGCUGCAGCAGCGGCGACUCGGGAUUGGCAGGCGAAAUGGAAGAUGCAGAUGGGGAACCAGGAUCAUCCGAGUGCCUGGUAAAUAAUUUAGAAAUAAUGAAUGCCCUGGCAGCAUUCGAUGUGGAUGUCGAUGGACUGAAUAAUGUCAGCCACGAACAGUCGUAUUCAAAAACUCCUCCGGAUUCUCGGACAGAAGAUAUUGGGGAAAAAUGUGCCGCAAGAAAUAUUCUAGCAGAAGUGGAAGCCAUGAUGCUUGAAGAUGAGGGCGACAUUUCUCCCAGCUCCCAAACUGUCCAGUCAGUACAUUGCCGUGCGGAGAGGAAAAUCCAGGCAGAACCUAUCAUAACAGAAACACCCGUCAAGAAAACGUACUGCAAAGUAAACUACACCGAGAAGGAGAUAGAGGCCCACAGCUCGAAAGGUUUCCGUCGAGCCCGCAAGCCGGGGAGAGUGGAAAAACCACCGAGCAUCUGCGACCUUAAGAGCUACAACAUUACCAGACACUCCCGCAAAAGGGAGGCGAUCAAACAGCGCCUAAGCAGCGUAAAAAAGCGUAUCAUGCGCUCCCUUGAAAUGAUGUGUCAAAGCCAGUCGUUAUGAAUCUAAAUGACAGGCGUCUGCCUUUAAAAGGCACCAGCAUUAGGCAGGAAUUGCCAUAUCAAGUCACUGCUGUAGCUACAAAAUUGCCACGUUACAAAUUUGAGUCUAAAGAAAACCGCGUUAUGUUAACUCAAGCGAUCCAGUCUAGUGAAAUGAAGCCAGCAUUUAUCAACCAUUUGAGCAGGACAAAAACUUUAGCUUAUGUUAGUUUGAUUAGGCCAGCGUUAACCUCGUCUACAACCAAAUCU